CUCAAGAUUGACGUGUUCGUAACUCCACGAGAUGGAUCAUGAGCUGUUGGCUACGUAAGCGGCAGACGAGAUAACCCACUACGGAGAGCAUGUUUAGGAACACCAAAGCUGAAACACCAAACAAUCACGACUCCCUCAUUAUGGAUAUCUCUAAGUAUGCUGCAGAUGCGGGUAGUUAUGACAAUUUGUCUGCCUUCCAGAUAUCUCAGUUUUUCGAACGGCAUAGACCUGCCACAAUCGACGGCUGCGAUCGCCUUGCCGCCGACAUUUUGAGCUGUCCCGUCUCCCCCACGCCCAUACAAGGUGGGAGCAGCUAUACUGUGGCGGCAGCCGACCACAAUCAGGCGUCUAAGGUGGUCCAAUUUCGGUCUAGAAAGUUGGACAUGGAGCUCAUCGAGCUUGCAAGACAAUCAUAUGGCGCUUUCGUCCCCUACUGCAAGCCCCAUAGCACGAUGCUAGGGGACGUCCACGUCUACGUAUGGGAUCUUGUCCCCGGGCUUGCGUUUUGCCGAGUCCGCCGUCAGUUUCUCGCCCUUGAUGUUGGGAUGGAACAGCGUCUGUAUCGAACUACAGAUGACUUUGCAAGGUUCUUUGCUUCGGCGUGGAACAAUAGGCCCGCCAUUGAACGGCCUCCCGGCUUACUCGACGAGUAUUAUGGGAUCCUCGACCAAGUUUCCCAGGGCCUGCCUGAACAGUUGCAAACCAGGUUGGACGAAGUCCGACAGGGGCUUCCACUUCUCUUCCGGCCCGACUAUCCCAUGGCUUUCCAACACGAUGACCUCUUAGAGAACAACAUCCAUGUGGAUGAGACCACAGGCCGUAUUACGGGUAUCGUUGAUUGGGCUGAUGCUAUAAUUGCCCCAUUUGGCGUUUCUCUCAGCGGCAUUGAAACUAUACUCGGCGUCCAGACUCUAACUGAUUGGCACUUCCAUCCCAGCCAUCUUAACCUCCGAGAGCGUUUCUGGGAGAUUUUCUACGGGGAGAUCGGGAAUAUCUCGGAAGAGGAUCGGCGUUCAAUCGAAGUCGCAAGACUGUUUGGGCUGUUUCGGGCCCAUGGCUUUGAAGAAAAGGACAAGGCAAUCAUAUAUCUCGAAGCGUUAUGUUCGCCGUUUCGCCGCCUCCCGCUUAUAGCUCAGGGCGGUCAUAAGCUCGGCGGACCGGAUGCGCAACCGGAGGAGCCCCUCGUCGUCUAGGCAGUCCGGUUGGUUGACGAGGAUCUCGGCCAGCUCGGCGCGUUCCGGGAUGUGGAGCUCAAUGGCUGGCGCGACGUAUUCUACCUCGGUCUCUGCCUCUUCUGCCUCCCCGCUGAACUGUCUCUCGAUGUCCCAAGUCAGGUGGCUUUGGAAGUAGUACUUGCGAUA